CAUUUAGGCUACUUUGAUAUUUGCCAUGGCCGCUGAUCAUUGAACUGGCUCUCUUUAUUCUCACAUAGCCUUGGCAACAUUGGAUAUCAGGGAAUGCAUUUUAUAUUGGACAGACACGGAAGGUUAUAUUCAAAUUCUAUUGUAUUUUUACUACUUAUUCUAUUUAGCAUACUUUAUGACUAGGCCUAGGCUAAGUUUGACAAAUCCCUGGUCUUGGAAAUUCUUCAUUAUUAUUAUAGGGUUCUAUGAUUUUGUGUUUUUUUUUUUAGGCCUAUUGUUAUGGAUUAGGCAGAUUGUUUUACUCAAAUUUGUAUUUUUUAACUUGUCAAAUAUUAUUAUAGGCCACCAUAGUUCUAUGAUGAGCAUCGAGAUACCUGUUGGUUUGAAGGACAUGCUGCAAGGAUACACUGUGGAGGUAUUACGGCGCAGACCGCCAGAUUUGGUUGAAUUCGCAAUCCAGUAUUUCACGCGUCUACAAGAGAGCCGAAAACACGACAAACAUGCGAACUUCAGCCCCGCCAAUUCUGCUCGAAAAGGCGUGGCUUUUGAUAGUAAUUCGGUUGAAUCAGAUGAAGACUCUGAUGACUAUAGUGAGUGACAUUUUCCAUCUCUAUUUUGCCACAAUGAUUUGAUUAUUAAAUAUAUGUAAAUAUUUUCCCAUGUUCUUUAUUUCUGUUAACCUUUUUACUCAAUUAUUAUAACUUUUUACUUGCUCCCACUUGCACACAUAAUAGACUACAUAAAUAACCGCACAGAAUGCAUAAUGAAUCAUAAUAUUAGUUUCUAUUCGAUAAUACUAUGAAGUGCUUUUAAAGUCAUCCUAUCAUCUGAUAACCUAUGGCAAUGGAAAAAUGUGUUCUCAAAGUAACGUGAGGGCCCGUGUAGUCAUAUGAUUUUGUCUUCCAUUGCCAGAGGUUAUCAGAUGAUAGGAUGCUACUGGGGUAUUUUAGCCUACUGAAUAGCUAUUUGUCCUGAAUUAUUUCAUUAUUCAGUAGCCUAUUUAUAGCGACAUGAGAUAAUGAACGUUUGUUAGAGGGUGUCUCAACCACUUUUGAUAAAUCAGUUGCUGUGCCCUGACAAAAAUGGUUCAGGGAGAAAAUAAGAGGAUACUGUUGGGUGUAUCUAUGUAACUAUAUUCAGACAGAAUUGAGUGUAAGCUAAUGUGUUUCAAUCGAUCCAUAAGAACAACUAAUAUUGAUGUUCAGUGGGACCAACUUCAUUUCUAGUGCUGAAACAUCUCUCUCUCUCUCUCUCUUUCUCUAGUGCCACCUCCCACCCCAAAUAAAUACAGUCGCAGAGUAUCUGGUGAGCCUCAUCAGUGGGUUUUGCAUCCAUUAUAUGCGGUGUAUGAAGAAUCUUAUUUCAGUCUCUCACUUGUGUGUUACAGUCACAACAUUCCCUUUGAGAGUAUUUGUUUGUCCCCAGUGUGUGUCACAGUGUUUUUUUUCCCCACAGUGUGUGCGGAGGCCUAUAACCCAGACGAUGAUGAGGAUGAUGACUUUGAGCCAAGGGUGGUACACCCCAAAUCAGACGAGCAGCGUCGCAGACUCCAGGAUGCCUGCCGAGAUACAUUACUGUUCAAAACCCUCGACCAGGUAAAGUAUUGUAUUUAAGCCUCUGUCUUCAGGUAUUGAGAGUUACUUGUAAGUUAAGAGGAAAUACAGUUAGUCUUCCUGUUAUUUAUCUUAUGUUCAGUUAUGAACAAAACAAACACCCUCUCAAUAGUCAUCAUAACACAUUGCAGUUUGUAUUGAUUUAUACUGAACAAAAAUAUAAACGCAACAUGUAAAGUGUUUCAUGAGCUGAAAUAAAAGAUCCCAGACAUUUUCCAUAUGUACAAAAAGCUUAUUUCUCUCAAAUUCUGUGCACACAUUUGUUUACAUCCCUUUUAGUGAGCACUUCUCCUUCGCUAAAAUAAUCCAUCCACCUGACAGGUGUGGCAUAUCAAGAAGCUGAUUAAACAGCAUGAUCAUUACACAAGUUCACCUUAUGCUGGGGACAAUAAAAAGCCGCUCUAAAAUGUCCAGUUUUGUCACACAACACAAUGCCACAGAUGUCUCAAGUUUUGAGGGAGCAUGCAAUUGGCAUGCUGACUGCAGGAAUGUCCACCAGAGCUGUUGCCAGAGAAUUGAAUGUUAAUUUCUCUACCAUAAGCGACCUCCUACAUCGUUUUAGAGAAUUUGGCAGUACGUCCAACUGGCCUCACAACCGCAGACCACGUUUAACCAGUCCAGGACCUCCACAUUUGGCUUCUUCACCUGCGGGAUUGUCUGAGACCAUCCACCCGGACAGCUGAUAAAACUGAGGAGUAUUUCUGUCUGUAAUAAAGCCCUUUUGUGGGGAAAAACUCAUUCUGAUUAGCUGGGCCUGGCUCCCCAGUGGGUGGGCCUAUGCCCUCCCAGGUCCACCCAUGGAUGCGCCCCUGCCCAGUCAUGUGAAAUCAAUAGAUUAGGGCCUCAUUUAUUUAUUUCAAUUGACUGAUUUCCUUAUAUAAACUGUAACUCAGUAAAAUCGUUGAAAUUGUUGCAUGUUGCAUUUAUAUUUUUGUUCAGUAUAUUUGUGUGAUGCUUGUUGCUGGGUGUCCCAGUUUAGUAUGCACACACACACACACACACACACACACACACACACACGGUCAUCCUCUAAUGUAUGAGUGUUGUUUCUCUCUUUCAGGAGCAGUUCUCAGAGGUGCUGGAUGGCAUGUUUGAGGUAUUGGUCAAACCACAGGAGCACAUCAUAGACCAAGGGGACGAUGGAGACAACUUCUAUGUCAUAGAGAGGUGUGUGUGUGUGUGUGUGUGUGUUGAAUCUAUAUUUUUUCUGUGUGAGAGGCAUUAGGCCUAAUUAUGUGAAUCAGUGGAGGCUCUUCAGAGGAGGAAGGGGAGGACAUCUUCCACAGUGAAUUUCAGGACGGAAAUACUUUUUUUUAUUUUUAGAUAAAACUAUACUAAAUAUAUUCACGUCACCAAAUAACUGAUUAAAAUACACUGUUUUGCAAUGAAGGUCUACAGUAGCCUCAAAAGCCCCCUCUAGGGUAGCACCAUGGUGUAGCCAGAGGACAGCUAUUUUCCGUCCUCCUCUUGGUACAUUGACUCCAUCCAAUCAGAGGAUCAGAGAAUGAAGUGUGGUGAGUAGUUGACGCAAAGAGAGCGAAAGACAAUAGUUGAACAGGUCUGACAAAUGUAUUUCUUCAAAAAUUAAGAAGAAGAAGCAGCAGAAAGGGAGCUAGCUAUAUUUAGUUGUCAUUUUUUUCUUCUUAGUUUACCUUUUACUUACUUAGCUAAUGCAGCUAAUUUAGCCUACUCAACAACAUGACUCAAACAGAGAGGAACACUAUUUAAAUUAUGUUAGCUAGCUGACUAAGGUUAUCCAACAUUGCAACUCUUUCAAGUCAUGAUAAGCUUUCGGUUUUAUAAAUGUUUUGCCACUGCCUGUGUAACUGCUAAACUGCUUGCUGUACACUGUACUGUUUGAUUGUACAUAUGGAUUGGCUUGUGGGUUUACUAACGCGCUAGUUCUAGUUUGUUGACUAUAACGUUAAUAUGGUGACAACGAUGUAGGCUGUGUAGCGGUUAUGGUAUUAAGGUUUGGCUUCGAGAGGUUUUUGCGCCUAGUCAUAGACAGCUGUUGUGUUGUGCACUGAAGUACACAAGUGUAGGGAAAAGGUGAGAGGAGGAGAGCACGUAGAUGCAAGAAGGAAUUAUCGAGCAAAGUGAUCAUGCUAUUUGUAUGUGGCUGCUAUGAAAGUGAACUGUGUGUGCUGGUGAUCAGGGGUGUAUUUAUUCUGCCGAUUCUGUUGCAAAACAUUUCUUAAAGAGAAGCAAACAGAACGAAAAUGGGAGGGACCUACCUGAAUUUGUACAAAUAUAAUAAUAAUAAUAAUAAUAAUAAUAAUAAUAAUAAUAAUAAUAAUAAUAAUAUGCCAUUUAGCAGACGCUUUUAUCCAAAGCGACUUACAGUCAUGUGCGCAUACAUUUUUACGUAUGGGUGGUCCCGGGGAUCGAACCCACUACCCUGGCGUUACAAGCGCCAUGCUCUACCAAUUGAGCUACAGAGGACCACCAAUAGAAACUCUCAUUUUGGACUAAUGCUUACACCCCAGAUCAUCAGCUAGAUGCAGGCAAGAGUAUGCAAGGCGGUAUUGUAUGUGUCUGUCACCUUGAUUACUACAAUUUGUCUCUCGACCUGUGCAACUACGUUAUAAACUUUCAUUUGCAGGUUAGGUUUUAGCAACCUCAUGAUAGGUAUAGGGCAAAUUCGAGUAUCAUGUAGUAGCCGAAACCCAUCGACGUUACAUUGAGCUGGGUGAAUGGAAUAUGAAUGACAGUCUUCCAAUAUGCUGUAAUAGAAAUAAGGCCAUGCUCAUUAAAAAAUCGUCCUCCCUAAUCUUAAAUGACACCGACCUCCACUGAUGUGCAUGUGAUGUUCUCUGAUUCCUCUGAUGUCCUGUGUACCUCUGUGUGUUGUAGGGGUGUGUAUGAUAUUAUUGUACUGAUUGACGGAGUUGGGAAAUGUGUGGGAAAGUAUGACAACAAGGGCAGUUUCGGGGAGCUGGCGCUCAUGUACAACACCCCACGUGCUGCCACCAUCAUGGCCACCCAGGAGGGGGCACUGUGGGGACUGGUGAGUCACAGUAGGAGACUGAACAUGAUAUAUGUGUGUGUGGACGUGUUUAACUAUACUUGUGGGGACCAGAAGUCCACCACCUUUACGUGCAAUGAAACAAUGAAUAAGGUUGACCAACAGGGGACAUUUUGUUGGUACCCACAAGGUCAACUGCUUUUCCUAGGGGGUUAAGGUUAGAAUUAGUGUUAGGGUUAGAAUUAGGGUUAGGAGCUAGGGUUAGUUUUAGGGUCAGGUUUAGGGUAAGGGUUAGGUUUAGGGUUAGGGGCUAGGUAAAAUAGGAUUUUGAAUGGGACUGAAUUGUGUGUCCCAACAAGGUUAGUUGUACAGUACUGUGUGUGUGUGUGUGUGUGUGUGUGUGUGUGUGUGUGUGUGUGUGAUGUGUUUCUGUGAGAGAUGAGUAACCUGUAUGUGUAUGUUUUAGGAUCGGGCCACAUUUCAUAGACUCAUAGUGAAAAACAAUGCCAAGAAGAGGAAGAUUUACGAAGCCUUCAUUGAGUGUGUACCCCUUCUAAAGUCUCUCGAGGUCUGUUUCAUUUGACCACAACAUCUUAAAGUGCUUCACAAUAAAAGUGUACUGUGCAGUGUGCAUUCAAAAUACAACAUAAGAGAAUGUACAUGAGAGGCUCACAUUGCACAAAUAGAAUCCAUUGUAAACAAUCCUUCCUCUCAGAAUGCAUGUAAAGAUCAAUGUAUACUUUUAUCACACCUUCAUCGUCUGUCCUCAUCUUGCUCUUCCUCAGCUCUCUGAGAGGAUGAAGAUCGUUGAUGUUGUGGGAAUGAGAGUGUUCAGAGAUGAGGAGUGCAUCAUAACACAGGUAUUGUGGACUUUUACUGUACAAUUUAUAUUUGAUUACAAUUCUUCUUUACUUUGUACUGUAUCCCUGCUGAUUCCACUGCUUUUCUGCAAUCUUAGGGGGAUAAGGCAGAUUGCUUCUACAUUGUGGAAUCUGGGGAGGUGAAGAUCAUGAUAUUAAGCAAAGUAGGUGUACAUGUUUUCCACUUCCCUUGGGGGUGUGUUAGAUCUACUGUAUUAAUAACGAGUUUGCUGUGGGUACCUGCUGCAAGGCACUGUAUGUACUGUAUGUCUAGUGUCUUUGGAAUGUGGUACGACUGGCUUUCCUGCUUUUGCAGCUAGUAAAUUUAUUUAUCAGGUUGGGUGGUAGAUAAGGAACGGAUAACUGUAACUGAGAGUUAUGUAAUUGGUUAUAUCAGUACUGCAGCAUCAUUAUCAUGUCUAUGUCUCCCUACCUAGACUAAGGCAGGGCAGCAGGGUAAUGCAGAGGUGGAGAUUGCACGCUGCUCUAGGGGCCAAUACUUUGGAGAGCUGGCUCUGGUCACCAACAAACCACGUGCAGCAUCCGUCUAUGCUGUGGGAGUUGCCAAGUGCUUGGGUACGUUGUAUGUACACACAUACAUACCAUUAUUCUUCAUUCGUAAAUUGAUAUUCAUGGUCCUUCUCUCUUUCUCUCUAAAGCAGUUGGAAAUGAAUAGAUCAUGGACUGUAUUCAUACAGGGGAGAAUUUCGGCCCCAGUUAAGCGCGAGUAAAUGGAACGGAAUUCCCUUUUUUAUGAACAUUUCUCUCUACGCCUAUUCUGACCUAGAAUUUAAGCAUGAGAAUAGCAUGCUAUUCACCCGCUAUUUCGUUUUGGCUUGAGAUCUAAGAAAUAAAGGUGUGACGGAGGUGUGUCUACAGAUAGGCCGUAUUCUGACCUUCACUUAAUUCCCUCAUAUUUCCACCACCUUUACGUGCAAUGAAACGAUGAAUAAGGUUGAGCAACCUGUCGGUUCCAAGUGGAACAACAUCUACUAAAAAAAUUUUCCAAUAGAAAUAACACCAUUCUCCAUGCAAUGUAAUGUAAUUUACAAAUUGAUAAGAGCUAUUGAUAAUAGUAAAUUAGUAAGCCGUUUGGAUAAGGGGAUUGUAAAUAUAAAUGAUACAUGUUUUAUAUCUAUUUCACCUUAUGAUCGCUGGAGACAUGUGAAACCAGUCACAUGGCAGCAAACUGAAGCAUAUCAACAUAUCACCUUUUCCACAGUGAAGUUUAUGAAAUGCUGGCCUUAUAACUUGCAGAUAUGAAAUGUGGAGACCCAAGCUAUAGGCUUCUGUAGCCAUGUGCAAAUGACAGUUUAGCACCAAACCUACCGAGUUGAUUUAUGAUUUCUAGAAUCUUUUAAUUAUAUUUUAAUUGUAACUGUAUUUUUUACAAUUUGUAUCGUGUUAAAGGUCCCGAAUAUUUUAGGGGAAUAGAAAUGUAAAAUGUUGAGAAAACGUACCUUUUCUCUCAUGGCAAACUACCAGGAAGUUUGAAAAGACUGGCUGACUGGGAGGGGAGCUUAUUGUCAUGAGCUCGCCUUGACUGACAGCUGUUUGAAACGCCUAUGUCAAGAAACUUGGAUGCAGUGAGUGGUGUUGCAGUAAAAUCAUAUCAAGCAAAUUUGGUGAUACACAAAGCAACUCAAACAACAUUGAAGUUGCAUCAAUAACCAGGUUUCCAUCCAACCUUUUUAUGCGAGUAAAGUACAUAUCGGAUAAUAAAUAUCAUGACCAGCCUGAUAGAAACAUAAUUUUGGGGGGUAAACUUUCUAAAUGUCAACAAAACAAAAUACACUAGAUAAGGUGAGGUAUUUUUGUGUCGGUAAAAUUAAUUAUGCGAUAAAUGUCGGUGGUAACAUUUUUAUGCACAAAUAUUGAUAUAAUAACCAUCAAAUCGAAGAAAACUUGGAGUCACGUGAUGACAUGUUGUGUGGUCCUCCCACUAGGAUCGUCGGGAAAGCAUGCAGUUUAUUAGGCUACAGAUGAAAUACAUUAUAAAGAACUUCACAGGGUGGUGAAAGUGCAAGGUGAUGAGCUUGAUCCGCCUUUACAAUAAAUAUCAAGGGUCUUAUUUUGGUGACAUGAUAAUCGAUGCUUGGCUGCAGUUUGACAAAUAAAAAGAAUCUUGCUUUUGUCCAUAUAAUCUCAUCAUGUACACUACAGGUGCGCUCUAGCCAACAGCGCACAGAUAGCGCACUUGCCAAUAGACGAGUGGACAUAUUCACUAUAUAACGCAAUUAUUUUGGUGAGAAAACCAUCAGUAGAGUUGAAAAUGCGAUGGAAACCCAUUUAACUUGUAUUUUUUUAUUCCGUACAUGGGAAUUUAACCGCAAAAUGUAUUUUUAUGUGCACUACAUCAUCACGCUAGCACAGCCUUUUAUCUGCAACAAGUCAAUUUAUUGGAAACAUCUCUGGUGUGAAAAUGCGCCUUUGUUUUUAUGCGGAUUUUAGAAUAUUCUGAAGACCUAGCUAGCCAGUAACUAGCUAACACCAGACACACAUGAAAGGGGAGACAUACAGUACCAUUCAAAAGUUUGGAUACACCUACUCUUUCAAGGGUUUUUCUUUAUUUUAACUAUUUUCUACAUUGUAGAAUAAUAGUGAAGACAUCAAAACUAUGAAAUAACACAUAUGGAAUAAUGUAGUAACCAAAAAAGUGUUAAACUAAACAAAAUAUAUUUUAUAUUUGAGAUUCUUCAAAGUAGCCACCCUUUGCCUUGAUGACAGCUUUGCACACGAUUGGCAUUCUCUCAACCAGAUUCAUGAGGUAGUCACCUGGAAUGCAUUUCAAUUAACAGGUGUGCCUUGUUAAAAGUUAAUUUGUGAAAUGUAUUUCCUUCUUAAUGCGUUUGAGCCAAUCAAUUGUGUUGUGAUUUGAGAACAGCUCAAAUAAGCAAAGAGAAAUGACAGUCCAUCAUUACUUUAAGACAUGAAGGUCAGUCAAUCCGGAAAAAGUGAAGAACUUUAAAAGUUUCUUCAGGUGCAGUCGCAAAAACCAUUAAGCACUAUGAUGAAACUGGCUCUCAUGAGGACCGCCACAGGAAAGGAAGACCCAGAGUUACCUCUGCUGCAGAGGAUAAGUUCAUUAGAGUUACCAGGACAACAAUAAGAAGGCACACCUGUUAAUUGAAAUGCAUUCCAAGUGACUACCUCAUGAAGCUGGUUGAGAGAAUGCCAAGAGUGUGCUAAGCCGUCAUCAAGGCAAAGGGUGGCUAUUUGAACAAUCUCAAAUAUAACAUAUAUUUUGAUUUGUUUAACACUUUUUUGGUUACUACAUGAUUCCAUAUGUGUUAUUUCAUAGUUUUGAUGUCUUCACUAUUAUUCUACAAUGUAAAAAUAAAGAAAAACAUCUCAUUCCAAAAUCAUGGGCAUUAAUAUGGAGUUGGUCCCCCCUUUUGCUGCUAUAACAGCCUCUACUGUUCUGGGAAGGCUUUCCACUAGAUGUUGGAACCUCGCUGCGGGACUGGCUUCCAUUCAGCUACAAGAGCAUUAGUGAGGCCGGGCACUGAUGUUGGGCGAUUAGGCCUGGCUCACAGUCGAUGUUUCAAUUCAUCCCAUCGAUGGGGUUGAGGUCAGGCCAGUCAAGUCAAGUUUUUCCACACCGAUCUCGACAAUUUUUUUUUGUAUGGACCUCUCUUUGUACACGGGGGCAUUGUCGUGCUGAAACAGGAAAGGUCCUUCCCCAAACUGUUGCCACAAAGGUUGGAAGCACAGAAUUGUAUAGAAUGUCAUUGUAUGCUGUAGCGUUAAAAUUUCCCUUCACUGGAACUAAGGGGCCUUGCCCGAAUCAUGAAAAACAGCCCCAGACCAUUAUUCCUCCUCCACCAAACUUUACAGUUGGCACUAUGUAUUCGGGCAGGUAGUGUUCUCCUGGCAUCCGCCAAACCCAGAUUAGUCCGUCGGACUGCCAGAUGGUGAAGCGUGAUUCGUCACGCCAGAGUCCAAUGGCGGCGAGCUUUACACCACUCAAGCCGACGCUUGGCAUUGCACAUGGUGAACUUAGGCUUGUGUGUGGCUGCUCGGCCAUGGAAACCCAUUUCAUGAAGCUCCCGACUAACAGUUAUUGUGCUGACGUUGCUUCCAGAGGCAGUUUGGAACUCGGUAGUGAGUGUUGCAACCGAGUACAGAUUAUUUUUACACGCUUCAGCACUCGGCGGUCCCGUUCUGUGAGCUUGUGUGGCCUAGCAACUGAGUACAGACGAUUUUUACACGCUUCAGCACUCGGCGGUCCCGUUCUGUGAGCUUGUGUGGCAUACCACUUCGCGGCUGAGCUGCUGUUGCUCCUAGACGUUUCCACUUCACAAUAACAGCACUUACAGUUGACCGGGGCAGCUCUGGCAGGGCAGAAAUUUGACAAACUGACUUGUUGGAAAGGUGGCAUCCUAUGACGGUGCCACGUUGAAAGUCACUGAGCUCUUCAGUAAGGCCAUUCUACUGCCAAUGUUUGUCUAUGGGGAUUGCAUGGCUGUGUGCUCGAUUUUAUAAACCUGUCAGCAACGGGUGUGGCUGAUAUAGCCGAAUCCACUUAUUUAAAAGGGGUGUCCACAAACCUUUGUAUAUAUAGUGUAUCUUUGCCAUAGAUUAAUAGUGUAAACUUUAAAUUAUAUUUGCUGACACCCUACAGUCAAAUUUUGGCAACCGCAGAGUAGCUAUCUAGCUAUAUAAACCACGCCCGCCCCUCCGCAAACACGCCUUCUCCAAUGUUGGUUACAAGGCGGUACUUAUUUAAAUUAGGUAAGAGAAUAUCAUGUUACCAUUGGUGUAUUAAAAUAAUCCCGCCUCCUGAAUCCAAGCUUUUGACAUGGGGGAGGGGACCAGUAACUUUAUGAUCAAACUUUAUCAAUGUAGAAGCAACAAUUAUUUUUCAUAGUUUGGUCAUCAUACUUCCAUAUGGUUUCAUCUAAAUAUCAUCCAAUUUCAUGAAAAAUAUUAUUUUGACUGUUCAUGAUCUUUAAAUAUUAGCCACUAUCGGUAGCCACCGUCAGUUUUACCAACAUACAUUUAUAACUGUCACUUUAGUGUUACUUUCCUUACAUUUUGCAUCAUUCCAUUACAUCGUUAGUUUACCUUUCUUUCCUCUGUCACGUUCAUGUGGUUGUUCCUGAGGAUUGCUAGCAAUAGUGGAUCAUAUUAGGCUAACGUAUUACAAGCUGUGCAUUAAUUUGGAACAUGUAACCUAUUUGAAUCAUUAUGGAACGCAGACCAUACUUAGCAGUUUGAACCUGGAGCCUUUGCGCACAGUUCACGACGACUGGACCUGGACAUCACAGUUCCAUAAUUAGUGAGGAUUAUUAGGGUUGAUUUAUAGGGCUACUGGUCAGGUCAACCCCUAUUGUACAUUUUUCUUACCUUCCAAUAUUUCAUUGGUUGAACAAUUGAAUAUGGCAACUUUCAGGAUGAAUCAAAGCACUGUGUUUUUGAUUCACCAAUAUAUUUUGAGAAUAGGCUCUCUAAAACAGUUUUUUAAAAAAAAAAAAAAUCAUAAAUACUUUCCUAACCUUAAAUAAUAUACAAGAUCAGAGUAUUUUUAAAUCUAUCAGUUGGUGCUGAAAAGUAGACGAAUAUGCGUGUAUUUACAUGGCUUUCUUUCAUUGAUCCCUAAUAUUCUGAAACGUUCUCUCCAUAUAAUCUAGUGAGUCUGUCGAGAAAAUUCGAAUUAAAGAUACACCAAAUUUUAGGGGAUGGCUUUAGAUAAACGUACCGAAAACCCUAUUGAAUGAAAACUCCAUGAGAAAUUCUGUCGGCCAGCAAGUGGGAGGGUUUUCAUUUACAUUUACAGCGGUUUAACUAAAUGUAUUCAGCGCAUGUGAAGGGAACCACGCCUGCAAAUCCUGUUACGCACCUGAAUAAGGUUAAUAAGUCUGAAUAUGAACUACUGAGAAGUGCGUAGGAAAGGCGUACAUUUCCUAAGUCUGAAUCGGGCCCAUAGCGCCUCAGAGUAGUCUCAGGAGUGUUGAUCUAGGGUCAGUUUAGUCUUUUAAAUGAUAAUGAAUAAAAGGGGGGACCUGAUCCUAGAUCCGCACUCCUACGUUGAGACACUUUAGGAAUACAGGCCCAGUAGAUCAGUAUGGCUCUAGAUCAAUAGCCUUUUAAAGAAUUUGACUUGACACCCCCUCUUUCUCUCUCCUCCACCUCUCUUUUGCAGUAAUAGACAUUCAGGCGUUUGAGCGUUUGCUGGGUUCCUGUAAGGAGAUUAUGAAGAGGAACAUUUCCCAAUAUGAGAACCAGCUGGUAGCUCUGUUUGGUUCUAGUGUAGAUUUGAAACAUUAA